AUGAAGUUUCCUGACUGGUGCUGGCUGAGCUCAGCUGUCAUAGCUGCUUGUGGCUUGGUGGUGGUGGCAAACAAUGAACCCGCGAAAUUAAAGGCCUGCCUGGCGACCCUGGAAAGCAAAAAAUGCACCUUGAAGGGCCAGUGCCCCUACCAGGUGACCCUGCCCCCACUGGCCAUUCGGCUCCCACAGGAGUUCAGCAGAUUAGAGGAGGUGUUCAAAGAAGUCCAGACUCUUAAGGACAUCGUGAACAGCCUCAAGAAAUCUUGCCAUGACUAUAAGUUGCAAACUGAGGACCACCAAGAUCCUGGAGAGGCUGGAGACAACAGGGUGAAAGAAUUAAAGAACAAGGUGAGCAAGCUAUCCUUGGAGCUGAAGGCCGCAAAGGAGAAGAUCAACGUGCUGCAGGGUUGCCUAGAGAGGCUGAAUCUUGUAAAUAUGAACGACAUAGAAAAUUAUGUCAACAGGAAUGUGGCCAAUCUCAUAUCUGUGGUCAACAGUUUGAACAGCAAAUGUUCAUCCAAGUGUCCCAGUCAAGAGCAAAUUCAGUCAUGGCCAGUUCAACAUCUAAUAUAUAAAGAUUGUUCUGACUACUAUGUAAUAGGCAAAAGAAGCAGUGAGAAAUACAGGAUUACCCCAGAUGCCAAAAACAGUAGCUUUGAGGUGUACUGUGACAUGGAGACUGUGGGAGGAGGCUGGACCGUGCUGCAGGCUCAUUUUGAUGGAAGUGCCAAUUUCACCAGAACAUGGGAAGACUACAAAGCAGGCUUUGGAAACCUCUGGCGAGAGUUUGGGCUGGGAAAUAAGACACUUCAUUUUCUGACCAAGAGCAAGGAAAUGACCUUGAGAAUUGAUCUUGAAGACUUUAGUGGUGUCAAACUGUAUGCCCUAUAUGACCAGUUAUAUGUGGCCCAUGAGUUUUUCAAAUACCGUUUACACACUGGCAACUACAGUGGCACAGCUGAGGAUGCCUUACAUUUUAGUAAGCAUUACAACCAUGAUAUGAAGUUUUUCACCACCCCAGAUAAACACAAAGAUCACUAUCCCUCUGGCAACUGCGGGCACUACUGCAGCUCAGGAUGGUGGUUUGAUACAUGCCUUUCUGCAAACUUACAUGGCAAAUAUUAUCACCCAAAAUACAAAGGUGUCCAUAAUGGGAUUUUCUGGGGCACUUGGCCUGGUAUGAGUGAGUUACAGCCUAGUGGCUACAGGUUCUCUUUCAAAGAGGCCAAAAUGAUGAUUAGACCUAAGCACUUUAAGCCAUAAAUCACUAGUGCUCAUCUCUCUAUGCAUUUAUUAUCAAUAGGGCAAUGGAUUCCUAUUCUCUUUUUAUGACUAAAAAUUGUCUCUGAGUAGCAGAUUCUUACGCUACAUAGCUUUGGAAAAAUGUGCAUUUAAAAAGACUCAUCUGA